AUGGCCUCACAAAAACUGCUCCUACCACGCGAGUUCCCGUCGAGCGGAUUCGAGGUCAUUGACCCGUCUCAAGUAGUGGAAGAGGAGCGACUGCCCUUCUAUUGCCGCGACGAGUAUUAUCCUAUGCGAAUCGGCGCAGUCAUCAAGGACCGCUACCAGGUAGUUGCCAAGCUUGGCUACGGUACGAGCUCAACGGUGUGGUUGUGCCGUGAUCUCAGAGACCGGGUAUACUGGGUGCUCAAGGUGCAUGUCAAUAUCCUGGAACAUAACCAAGAGCUCGAGGUCUAUCGGCACUUGGCUGGCAUCACAAUGGAGCACUCGGGGCGGAGACACAUUCGAUGGCUCGAAGAUUCAUUCAAGCUGAAGAGCCGUAGUGGUGAACACGACGUUUUUGUCAUGACGCCUCUGGGCAUGAGUUUGAGAACUCUGCAGAAAAAGCAGAAGAAUGGCGUCUUCCAGCAGCCCCUUGUUGUUCCCGCUCUCGACCAAGUUCUAACUGGGCUGAACUUCCUCCAUGAGGCAGACGUGAUCCAUACUGACCUCCACUCGGACAAUCUGCUUAUUGCUCUUGCAAAUGAUUCGGUACUCUCCAAGGUCGAAGACGACGAGAUCUGCAAGCCAUCGGCGAGGAAGCAGAUCGGCGACACCACCAUCUACGUCUCUCGGUAUAUGCUGGGAGGUGCAGGGCCGCUCACCAUCUGCGACUUAGGGCGAGCACGCAUUGGUAACGAGCACAGCGGGGACGCCAUGCCGGUGCAAUAUCGAGCACCCGAGGUUAUUCUCAAUAUGAAAUGGACAAAUGCCGUUGAUAUCUGGAGUGUGGGACUCUUAGCCUGGGACCUUCUUGAACGUGAAAAUCUCUUCUGCGUCUACGACCAUGAAUGUGAAGAGCGGAAUGACGCCCAUCAUCUUGCAACGAUGACGGCCCUCCUUGGUCCGCCACCGCCCGAAUUUCUAAACAGGAGCAAGGAGACAAGUAAGUACUGGGAUGAAGACGGCAAAUGGAGGGGUCCCGUACCCUUACCUACCGAGAAGACAUUAGAGUCUCUUGCCAAUACUCUCGCUGGAGACGAUAGGGAGCAAUUCCUCAACUUCGUCCGGUGUUUGCUCUGCUGGCUCCCAGAAGAGCGGCUCACGACCGAGCAAGCUCAUCACCAUCCUUGGCUUAGAGAGAGAUCUUGA